UCUUACGUCUUGCCAGGCGGACAGUGUUCCGUGUCACAAUUGUCACGUGCUUGUCACCUAAUAAUCAUAUGACCGAUAUUUCCAAAUUUUUCAAUUUUCCCAUUUUUGACUGAUUUAUUUGGAACUCAAUUUUCAAACCAUGGCAAUUUGCGGACCUAAAUGUUCUUUAUGUGGAAUCAUCAUUAGCGUGUGGGGAAUUAUCCAAUUGACGCUCAUGGGCGUAUUCUAUUACAUCGGAGCUGUAGCCUUAGCCGAAGAUAUCCCUCACGUUGAAUUUAAUGGGGAUAUCAAGGAGCUAAACCAGUUCUAUGCGAAAAUGGAUAGUGGUUUCCAGCAGAAUGCCUUGAACUGUUGGAUAGCCGCUCUGCUGUACCUGAUAACAUUAGCAUUCUCAGCACAUCAGUUUUGGGCUAACAAUCGCUCCUCCUUAAGUGUUUAGGCCACUAUUAGAUGGUGUCACAUUCCUUGUAAAUUGAUUUUAUUUGUUGUGAUCAUAUGAUUAUUUAUUCAAGUAGCUGCUAACUAUUAUAACACCUGUUGAUAUGUUUCAAUACACAGUGCCUCAGAUAUAGCAGCAAUGACCUUUACUUAGCAUCUCAAAUUGGCUCAUUGUAGGUAUUUUCAAUAAGAGUCCUAAACAGUUUUGAAAUUAUACCAUUUAUUUCCUUAGAUGAGUGCAUUUGAUAAGUCUUAGAAACUCUUUGUUUUUUUGACUGUGUAUGAUCAGCAUACUGGUCAAUAGUAGCUGGAAAAUUAUGCAUGGAGUUUGUCUGGAAAUUUAUUACUGACCUAAUAUUAUUUACAAAAUAAUUUUAAUUUCACACAUUCAUUAGAGAUAAUAGUAUCCAUAUUUAAUAUUAUCUCUUUAUGGGUGUUAUAAUAGUGGUUAAUGUUUUUUUAAAAAACUAUACUGCUACAUUAACUGUAAAAUUAAGGAUCACUAUAGCUUUUAUUGUACACACUUUUGCAUCAAUUGUUCAACAAUCCGUGCUAAAAAAUGUAAAUAUAUAAUUUUGAAAUUAUCCAGUAUUGUAGACUGUUACAUAUAGGGUAUAAAAUAAAACAAUGUCAGUUCGAUAA